AUGCUAGAUUUGCCAAAGUUGCCACGCAUGCCUGUUCCUGUCUUCCGAUCCAGAGAUCUCCUCAAUGGGAGCAAAAAGAAGCUCAAACUGUCGCAAAAAGGGACACGUUCUGGGUCCACAGAUGAAAAUUCAAUUGUUAAAACCACAACACCCAAACCCGAAAAGAAGCACUUAUGUAAGUACUUUGUUAAGAACGCAUGCAUUCGUGGGCGCAACUGUACGUUCUCUCAUGACUUAUCAAAGUUUCCUUGUAAGUUGUUUCAUAUCAAAAAGAACUGCCGCCGCAAGAACUGCCAGUUCUCACAUGCCCCUAUUAGUGAAGAGGAGAUUAAAAUGCUAGUUUCAGAUGGCUGGGAGUUAGAGAAGGAAGAAAAAGAAGAGGUCUUUGUUUCGCCGUUUAUUUAG